CGCCCAAAAGGCAGCCAGCCAGCCAGGCAGCCCUCCUUCCUCCUCCUCCAUCCAUAUCGCGCCGUUGUGGGCGGCGGGGGAACAUAAUUUGUGGGUUGGUGGCGCGGAAGGGCGCGACCGACGGGUUGCGUGCAGCACGGGAGGUGAACAAUGGGCUUGUGUGACUUACCAGUUGGAUCCUACUACAUUCCAUUACGAAAUUUCAAAGGCGCCUCGGGUUCAACUUUGUUCAUUUCCCGCCAGCAGCAGCAGCGGCGGCUCCUCCGAGAAGCCCCGCCUGUCGCCGAUAAGCCACUUCCGUCCCGCGGAAGGCGACCCCGCCCACCCCGUCCCUUCGACCAAUCGCCUUCGCCGCCUCCCGCGGAGGGAGCUCCGCCUCGCGUCCAAUGGGGGCGGCGAUAUGGAGGUCUUCGCUGUCGGCGGAGACCAAUAAGAUCGAGUUUCCCUUCGCCUGAGCGUGGCAUGUGGCCCGUCGGGACAGCAGGUGGCUGCGGAGGCAGUCAGGUUUAGGUAGUCAGUGUAUAUUUUGCGAAUGAACGCAGGUGUAGUCACUAGUUAGUCGCAGGUGCGUCAGGAGUUGCCCCGUGAAAAGGUGUAUAGGUGUGUGUGUGUGGGUGUGUGUAGCGCCGCGACCUCUCACACUCUCUCUCCCUCUCUUUCUCUCUCUACCUCUUUCUGUGACCUGUUGUUACGGGCCGCCCAGCGCUAGAAAAGGAUAAAAUGAAACCAUGUUUUCGAGUGAUGACUACAGACACAAGCAGCUCCCUCCUCGUCGUCUCGUCGCGCCGUUAGGACUUUAGGCCGAUGGUGGUUCUCCUCAGGCGGGAGGAAGAAGAAGAAGAGGACAGUAGUAGUUGUAGUAGUUAUAGUAGUUGUUUCAGUAGUACUACUACUAGUGAAGGUUCCCGAAGGGGAACUGAAAAGGAGUCGUGCGCAGUGACUUUCGGAGGAAGAGGCUCUUUGUCCUAGCCCUAGUCCUAUCGGUCUACUUAGGAGUCUAUCGGUAGUAGUUCGGUCCCUACCGGAGACAGUUCCCGAAGGAUAUUAUUAUUAUUAUAAUAAUUAUUAUUAUCAUACCCGUCCGAGGAUUCCUCUCUCCAUCUUCACGUUGGCUAGGCCCCACGACUCCCCGCCGGCAGGAGGGGCCCACUGCCCGCUGCGGCCGCGCCCACAGAUGCUCAGCCCUGAAGUCGUCGGCAGCCAACCCACCGCCUUCUCCGUGCCCUCUACCUCCUCCAUCUCAGGGGCUUGGCCCACGCCGCCUACGAUGACCGCCCUUCCACCCGCUCUCCCCUAUUAUGCGCCAGGUACCCGAGACAUGUACAGUCCGGCGCGUCCUUUGGUGCUACCGCCGCAGGUGACUGCAUCUGCUGCAGGGGCCACGCCCAUGGAGGGCAUACGCUACCCUCCGCCCACGGCAGCGGCGGCAGCCGCUGCUGCUAGGCACUACGACCUCGCUCAGCAUGUGCUGUCGCAACACACGGCUGCUAUGGCCAAAUUAUUAGGUACAAUACGACCCCCCGGGAUGAUAGGGGGUUCGAAGCCCAAGGUGGCGACGCCACAGGUGGUGAACAAGAUCGAGCAGUACAAGAGAGAGAACCCGACCAUCUUCGCCUGGGAGAUCAGGGAGAAACUCAUCUCGGAAAACGUCUGCACGAACUCCACCGCCCCUUCCGUCUCCUCCAUCAACAGAAUCCUCAGGAACCGCGCAGCAGAGCGAGCAGCUGCCGACUUCGCCCGGGCAGCGGGGUACGGACUCUAUACCCCGUACGCCACGGCUGCUGCCAUGCCCUGGCCCAAUCCCGCUGCAGCGGCAGCAGCUGCCGCUGUGUCCUCUCCCAUCUGGGGAGGAGCGGGUGUUCCUCACGCCGCCAUUCCGGCCGCCUAUGCCUCUUCGGCGGCCGCCCACGCGGCCUUAGGCCUACAUCCAGGCGCCCAUGCGGACAAGCUAUCGUUACCGCCCACGGUUCCCCCGCACCUCGACCCGAGAACAGAAGACGUCGACUGCAGCGAAUCCCGCGGCGAAGGCUCCAACAGCGAGUGCGGAGACGAUCGCCCUCCCACGGUCUCCUCCGCCCCUCCCACGCCCGCGUCUCCUACCUCAUCCUCAACGCCCACGCCCACCACCAAGAGUAAGAUCAGCUUUAGCGUCGAGUCUCGCCUUUUGUCCUCCCCGCCGCCCACAUCCGCCAACCAGGGUCAGACGAACAACGCCAGUCCCGCCCAUCCCACGCCGACUAAUCCCGCCCAACCCUCGGCGGCCUCCCCCGACGUCGGGCCUUUAGUCGCGCGGGCGGUUCCCGGGUGGCGCUACCCGAGGUAUCACCCAUGGCUCCACAAUCUGACUCGGUAGGGGCGAAGGUCCCAAAACUGGGUUUCUGGGAACACAAAAGGAGGAGAAGAAGAAGAAGAAUAAGGGAGAAGAAUGUGAAGAGCCGUUGCAAAGACUGGCGGCACUUGGCACUUUCUGACAUCUUGACUCGGCCUGGAAACUGAGAGAGUCUCUGCUCGGAUGGUGAUCGGUGAACGUUGCAAUCAUGAAGGUUUUUUUUUUUUUUUUUUUAAUCAUCUCCGUGUCCAUCCAUCCAGCCAUCCACGUCCUUCCAAAGACCUGGAAAAACAUGAGUGAACUUCACGAAGUUGGGAGGAGGAGGAGACAAAGAAAGAAAAGUUGAAGCUCAGGUUGCAAUUGUCUGAACAGGAAUGGAGGUGAUCGGUAAACGUUGCAAUCAUAAGGGGUUUUCUCUCUCUUUUUUUAAAUCAUUUCCGCGUGUCCAUCCAUCCAGCCAUCCAGCCAUCCACGUCCCUCCGAAGACCUGGAAAAACAUCAGCGAACUUCACGAAGUUGGCAGAAGAAGAAGAAGGAGGAUGAGGAGGAGAAGAAGACGAAAGAAAAGUAGAAGCUCAGUUUGCAAUUGUCUGAACAGGAAUGGAAGUACUUGGCCCUCACCUUCGAACUUCUGUCAUGUCGCGGCAGAACCAACAGCGCAACAACACCCCUUCGGAUACCCAACAGCGCAACAACACCCCUUCGGAUACACACCUCUCGCUGCCCUUUCGACAUUUCUCUUACAGUUACGGAAUAAGCACGGAGCCCAUUAACACUCCGUUUACACCUCACGUCCUGAAUAUCAUUGACAAGUUUUCGACAGCGAACAAGGCUCUCGAACCCUGGCUGCUUCACGCUCGAAAGUGAUUUAUUUUAACGGUUAUUGCUGUCGGCCGACACGAUCUCUGUCACAGUCCAGUGAGGAGGGAAGGAGAGAGAGAGAGAGAGAGAAAGCUAGAAGGACUUUGCUUUCUUCACUUACUUUUUCUGAAAUGCGAAGCUAAACUCCAAACAGACCUCAUUCGAAGGCCAAACCGCCAUUAUGUACGGUAAUGGCAUCGACUUAGUACGACAACAUCACCAACUUGACACGAUAACAUCAUCAACUUGGUACUAUAAUGUCCUCAAAGUAGUGCGACAAUAUCAUCUACUUUGUACGACAAUGUCAUAAACUUGGUGCGAUAAUGAACGUCAUCAAUUUUGUACGGUAAUGUCACAUCUUGGUACGAUAAUGUACGAUAAUCAACCUUAUGAUACAUGAUAACAAGCAAACGCGUUCGUCCAAGUGUUGAGAAUGACCCGGAAUGAAAAACACACUUCAGUAGAAGCGCCUUAUAGUAGUAAUCGACCUGAUAUCGUAUUCCGUUAAACGUGUUAUUAAAGGUAAUGAAAAAAAAAAAGCAGUGUCUGAAACACUGACUGAUCGCAUUACAUGACGCGAGUGCUAUAUAAAAUCCCAAUGAAAGAUAAGGUCUGCAUAUUAUGGCAGAUCAACACAGAUCAACUCCGCGUGAAUAAGAAGUAGAGGUUCCCGGAGAGAGUCGAUCGACGGCCAAAAGAUUCUCCCAAGCGAAGAAAAUACGACUUACGACUCGAUUCCUCUCAGCUGAAAAUAAGCCUUCUUUAUCAGGGCAGUCUCAGAUAACAUUCCGCUCUUGAAAGAUAACAUCUCUUUCCUCCCUACCCCGCUAACCACCCCAAUAUCUAAAUCAUGAUCAGGAAGUUUCAUAAAUCAUUUCCAAUUAGGAAAACUGCGAGGAAGGAGAAACGGCCGGCUGGCGCGGAGCACACUGUCAUUGCCAUCUGGAGAUAUCAGGAUUACUCCUGAGCGUAUAUGCAAAUGAACCGAGAUUGGUGUGUGUGUGAUUUAGGCCCCGAAUCUGAUUGGGCGUGUUGUGUGCCAAGUGGGCGGAGCCUUCGCCUCGUUCUCUUCCAUUGGGUGAGAUUUUUCCGAGAUUUCUGAACGGGGAUCAGAGCUGGAAGAGGGGAUUGCAAUCUUCGGGGACUCGCAAGGUGGCUGACGCUAAUGUCUGUUUCAGGGUCGUUCUGAAAAAUUUGUUUGAAUUAGGGAACAUUUAGAAAUAAAAAAAGGAUUAUGGAAACAAAAUGAAUGUGAACUUUACCGGAAUUAAAUCUACAGUGAUCGGGGUCAUUUAUCUAAAAUUUGUUUGAAUUAGAUGAAAACAGAAAAAAGAAAUUAUUAAAGAAAUGAUUAUUGAGAACUUUACGGGUCUUAAACUUAAAGUGACCGGGGUCAUUUAAUUGAAAUUUGUUUAAAUCUAAUUAACAUAAAAUAGAAUAUUUUAAAAGAAAAAAGAUUGUGAACUUUACGGGUCUUCAAUUUCCAAUGAUUUCGCACAAAGGUCGCAGUGAAAAAAAAAUAAUAAUAAUAAUUAUUAUUAUUGUUAUUGUUAUUAUUAUUCGGCGAUCAGAUUUUCAAGGUUUCUAUCACUUGAAAGGAAGGAAAUCCUUUUGUCGUGGAGCAUUAAACCCAAAAUGAUCAUUCUUGAGAGUUUACUAACAGAUCAGGGACAAAGGUUGAUUGGUGUGCAAAGUCUCCGUUAAUUUCGGAAAUAACAGAAGAAGAAGACAAAAUAGGAGAGCCGUUCUAAAGAAAAAGGCCGAAGCCAUUCGUGGCUUUUCCUUAAUUUGUAAAUAAAUGUGUAAAAUGUAGUUUUUGUUUUUGUAUAUAAAAACAGUGCCAAGCAUUAUGUACACGCUUAUAAUGUUC